UCAGUAAGGGACAAUGGUGCUAAUGGAAAGAUAGGCAUCUUCAAAACGGACCAUGACCCCACACUAGCCUACUGCGCUUCAAAUAACCAUUAACCCUGUAACAGAGCAUUUGUGGUGUUUCAGUCACUGUACAGCCUCGAGGUGUGACAACCCCAUUAUAAAAACUGGAGGCCAUUUAAAUUAAACAAUCGUCCCCCCAAAAGCAAAGGAUUUGAAGGGAAUGGAGUUCUGCAGAAGCCUACAGGACAAAUUGAAUAUUCCGACUAAGAAAAAAGAAUACCAAAAAUAUACAGCUUGAAUGGUGCAUCUAAGACAGUUUGAUUAAAAAUCGUUUUCAACUGCGGAGAAGACCUUCAAGAUGGGAUUUUCGGAUAUUUUGGACGAAAUUGGCGGGUUUGGACGGUUCCAGUGGAUUCACGUCACAUUAUUGUCUAUUCCCGGUCUUCUUAUGGCUAGCCAAAAUUUGCUUAACAACUUCACAGCUGGGAUUCCAGGACACCACUGCACCAUACCAAACAUCACCCACACAAAUGACCAGAAUAUCACUGUGGAACCCCUCGGUACAGAUGAACUUCUUCGCGCAUUUAUUCCAUUCGAUAAGAGCUCGUCCAAGUUCACAAAAUGCACAAGAUAUGUGGAGCCGCAGUGGCAUCUUGCAAGUGUUAACAUCACUGGGACUAACAUAACAGAGCCUGAGGUGGAGACAUGCCAAGAUGGUUGGACUUAUCAAAGAACUGAGUUUAUCUCCACAAUAGUAUCAGAGUGGGAUCUGGUGUGCAAAUUGCGCCCUCUGAAACAGAUGAGCCAGACCAUUUAUAUGGGGGGGGUGCUUGCAGGUGCUAUCAUAUUCGGGGGCCUAUCAGACAAGUUCGGUCGAAGGAUUGUGUUGGUUUGGUCCUAUUUCCAGCUAGCGACACUGGGGACGUUCACAGCACUGGCCCCCUCCUACCUGGCCUACUGUGUGUUCCGUUUCUUAUCAGGCAUGGCCGUGUCAGGGAUCAUCCUCAACUCUGUCUCCCUCAAGGUGGAGUGGAUUCCUACCAAGACGCGCACUGUGGUGGGGACGCUGUCCUCCUUCUUCUUCACCUUUGGCCAGAUGGUCCUGGCUGGAGUGGCGUACAGCCUGAAGGACUGGCGAAAGCUGCAUGUGGCUGUGUGUGCUCCCUACUUUGUUUUUGCCCUCUACAGCUGGUGGUACUCUGAGUCUGCACGCUGGCUGGUGCUAAAUGGACAAUCUAAAGAGGCCCUGAAACACAUCCACAGAGUGGCCAGAAUUAACGGCAAGCCAGAAAUGGUGGAUAAGAUCACUCUAGAGGUUCUGGAAUCUCACAUGCAAAAGGAAGUGCAGUCCAGUAAGUCAACCUUCACUGCGUAUGACUUGCUGCGCACACCUGUGAUGAGAAGAAUAUCAGUAUGUCUUGUGGCUGUUUGGUUUUCUACAAGCUUUGCCUAUUAUGGAUUGGCCAUGGAUUUGCAAAAGUUUGGUGUAGAUAUCUACGUGAUGCAGUGUAUAUUCGGAGCGGUGGACUUCCCUGCCAAACUGGUUGCACUGAUGAUGCUGAGCUUCCUUGGACGGCGCAUCACCCAGUCCACAUGUCUCUUCAUGUCUGCUAUAGUCAUCUUUGCCAACAUUUUCAUCGCAAAAGAAUACCACACUGUUCGGACAACGUUGGCGGUUCUUGGGAAAGGUUUCACCUCUUCCUCAUUCACGUGUGUCUACCUGUACACUGGUGAGCUGUACCCAACUGUCCUCAGACAGACAGGUAUGGGCUUCACCUCCACCAUGUCCAGGAUAGGCUCAAUGGCGGCCCCUGCUGUUCUAAUCCUGGACGAAGUGUUGCCUGCCCUGCCCAGCAUCGUCUAUGGGGGGGCUGCUGUGAUUGCUGGAGUGUUUGCUCUCUUCCUACCUGAGACACUCAAUGUUCCUCUACCUGAGACUGUAGAUGACGUUGAAGAAAAAUGGUCAAAAGAGCCUCAUGUGCAGAAACAGGCUGAAAAGGAGAGCGUGGCCCUUAAGGACAUGAAAGAAGAUGGUGAAGAAUGCGAGGAUGGGAAAACAUCUGGACUUAAUGCUUUAUGAGCACUGGCAUAGUAGUAUGCAUACUAACAGAUUAACUGAUGUAAGUGAAUUGGAAUGGAAUCAGUAUUAGCAAGUGUGUGCACUGCAGGUGUCCUUCACCCAAAGGGUAAUGUAUAAAUACACAGUUCCCUCUGAAGAAAGGAUAGAAACCAAUUGUUCUUGGAUUAAAAUGGUGCGUGGGGUUUACUGAUAAUCCACUCUGCCUUGGUUGUUUUCUAAACAUUCCUUGCAUAAACUGCCAAGAAGUCAUUUAAUGGGACUAAACUCACCAUUCCUUUUUUAACAUGGUCUUAGAUGAAAUUACUAUGUAAGAGACAUGUUGCUUAGAUCACUACUGACAUUUCUCAUCUACCUUUUGUAAACAUUGAUUUUCAGAUUUUUAAUCUAAUCAUAGGCUAUUUGUAUCUAUGUUAUUUGCAUGCUUUAGUGGAUUCGAGCUGAUGUAUUAGCCGCACAGGCAAGUUGGCCUAUUCUGUUGCUAGAAUAAAACUGUCUGUUCUUCCAGUUUACAUAAGCUAC